CCCAACAGGCCACACAACCCACAACCACUCUCGCCCUAGCACCUUCGCCGGCGGCGGCCUAUCUCCCUCGUCCCGUGCUCUGGCCCUUCGCCGGCGGCCGGCGGCCUAUCUCCUCCUCCGCCGACCGGAUACAAGCCGCAACUGACAGUAAGCUAACAUAUAAAGACAUGGCCCUUCACAAGAAGGCCACUGCUGCUAAAUUAACUGAUGAUCUAGUGGUUGAUAUCCUCUCCCGGCUGACGUACAAGUCAUUUUGCCGCUGCAAGUGUGCCUAUAAGGCCUGGUCUGCCUUUUCCUCUGAUCCAGACUACAGCAAGAAGCUGCCCAAAAAAGUAACCACUGGACUUCUGUACCAAGGUCACAAUAAGUCUGCUAUCCCGCUUGUUAGCCUGUGCCCAGAUGAUGGUGAAAUCGAUGGCAUUCUUGCUGAUGUGCCACACUAUGAGCAUUUAGAGUUCCUCGACUGCUGCAAUGGUUUAGUCCUUUGUAAGUAUAGGAGCAGCUAUACUUCUACAAACGUUUGCCGCUUCGUUGUGUGCAACCCAGCAACACGAGAGUGGAGGAUACUUCCUGAUACACAUCCUGGGACAGAUGACCCUCGUUAUGUAACUAUUUUGGCGUUUGAUCCAUCAUGGUCACCGCAGUUCUACAUCUUCAAUUUUCAUCUGAAACAUGUCCAUGGUUUGAUACUUGGUACCAGCAAACUUGAGAUAUUCCGGUUUGAAAGUUCCACGUGGCUUGAGGAUGAUACCUUGGACCGAGAUAUAAGUAUUUCUGGGCGAACACACUUAUUUGUUAAUGAAAUGUUGUAUGUGACUGUUGGAUAUGAAGUUUUGAUGUUCGAAGGCCUGGAGGCAAUGAAUGAUGGCAUACCGCCCUAUCAUCAGAUCAUAAGUUUGCCGCCUGAAGCUUCAGACCUGAGCACUUUUACCAAUGGUUGCUUUGGCAAAUCUUCAGGGAUCUUACACUAUGCAAUGCCGCAUGUGAAUGGUCGCUCGAUUGUUGUUUGGACAUUGGAUGAUUUGGCUCAUCAUUUAUGGACUUGGACUGAGAUGUGUCAUCUUAGUAUGACAGAUGCGUUUGGAAAGGAUGAGUUUAUUUACUAUGACAAUGGUGGCGAUGGUGGUGAUGAUAAAUGGUUUUGGAACUGUGAUUAUCGGAUUGUCGACCUCGACUUGGAGAGAGAGCUUGUUUUUCUCUCUGACCAGAAGGCAAAGAAGCUACUUUCAUACAAUAUCAGCACGGGGAAACUCAACGAGAUACAAGAUGUCCUUAUGUGGCAUCAGUACUACGUCUAUGUACCAUGCUACUCAGAGCUUCCAGCCCAAGAACCUUCUGUUGACUGAAUGUCAACUUCUGUUCAAUGUGCAUCUGUGGCAGUUCUGCUGCGAUUUGCUGAACCACCUUGUAUAUCACGCUGGUCGUUGUUAUCUGUGUGACAGUCCAGGAACCCUGCUUUUUUCACUUUGUUGAGGCAGAGUCGAUAUGUUAUGUUCCUGUACUAACUGAAAACUCUUCACCAUGUUCCUAGUUGAACAACUUGUUUGAGUUUGUUCCAUGUAAGAUUUGGUGUGUUCCGUAGGCUC